UCGGCAGGCAGUCUGCACUUGUUCCUUUCAGUUCUGGCAAGAAAAAGUAGGAAUUCCAAAAAGCAGCAAUUAUCACUCCCGGUUCCUUUGUUCGGAGCCCUGUAAAUAAUUUAUUUGGAUUUGAGGGGCUGGAGACGGAAAAUGUAUUGAUUCUCGCUGUCGCGGGGUGAAUCCUGUUUUCAGAACUUGAGUGCAGUCGGCAAGAGAAAUGAAGCCAGAGAAGACUUCCAGUUACCGGAGAGCUCAGGCGUGAGCCCUGGAGAUGGGCAGCCAGUGGCAAGAAGGAGUUUUUUUAUGGCAUGGCGCGGUCACCAUCGAAGUUUCCAUCUCCACGUUCUUCAUUUAAUUGCCACAGAGAUUCUGGAAGGACUAGCUCUGGAGUUGGAAAAUGCUGGAUGAGGUGUGAGCUGGGGCCAUUCCCAAAUCCCUCCUGCUGCACUCAAUACCUGGGUUAAACAAAGAAAAGUGUGCCUGCCAGGCUCGCCAGCUGGAGUCAUACGAUCCCCAGUGUCAUGCAGCGCUCUGGAAUUCCUACUAAAACUUUCCAGAAGGGGGAUGCAGAGCGCCUGGUGGGAACGGCAGCGCGUCGGACUUUUCAGAUAAAAACAUUUAGGACAGAGUUGAAAAAUCAUGUGAUGAUCAUGGAUUUUGUGAAGAGUAACUGGUUUCCUGCCCAGAGAAGAGCUAAAGUUUGUGUGAUCCAUAUGUGUCAAGGUCUGAAAACAGCCGAGCCGACAGCCAGCAGAUACGAGGAUUACGGGACAGUACCAACGAUCAAAUUGCCCUUAGAAAUCUCCAGCCUGAUAUUAAAGAGAAGAAAUCUAUCUUUGCUGAGGUAUCUGGAUCCCCCUAACACCUACAGACACACAGACCCAUUUACUCAGAAUCUCGGGGGCCCUGAGGAUACUGCAAUUGUAACAUCCCAGGAGACGCUGGCUUCGCAAAAUGCAAAAAUGAUUUCAUCCAUAGUCAUUUCUCAGCUGAUUGAUGAGACGAAAUCGAGAGGAAAUGGGGCUGCCCUGCUGGGGCCACGAGCGGUCGCCCAGCCCAGGUCAUAUCACUUGAAGCAAUCUCUGGCUAAUGACAGCGCAGUCGUCGCGAACAGGGCCUUUGCAUUCCUUCCUGAACGAUUGGGAAUGCAGACCUCUGGAGACGGACGAGGACCUGGGACAGAACUGCUGCCCCAAGGGGAGGCCCUGGGUGGCAGUCCCCGUAAAGGGUUUGCUUCCAUAACCAUCACGGCCAGGCGUGUGGGCCCGCCGGCCAGCACCCUGGUGUGGGAGGCUGUGGGGGACCCUCUGUGCACCAAAUGUGGGGCCGAGGACGCCCUACUCAGGGACUCCUCCGUGACAGCCAGUGGUUUCGGGCCUCCUGGGCACCACCGAGCUUUUGUUUGUACGGAAUUCUCCAGAAAUGGCUCUGUGGUGAGGCUGAAGUUUCCGGAAGCCCACACAGGGCUGUGUGAGGGACACGAGUACUGGAUCACCAACGUGGACCACAAGGAUGACAGACUUUCUCCAGGCAGCUCGCCGUCGGGAGAGGGCCCACUGGUGUUCAGCAACUGUGUCCACCUCCGAGUCGCUCAGCGGUGUCCAAACCCAAUCUGCCACUCAGACAGGCCCCUGUUUGGCCCCGUCGGGCGGCCUCACACUGCCAGCCCCCAAAUACACAGAUCUGUCCUCUCGCUCAGCCUGCACUGUAGUUCACACAGACUGACAGCAGAUGGAGUCGAUGGCAUAGCUAACGGAGGGCCAGUGAGCAGCGCCCUGCAGCGGGGGCCCGCCGGGGGGAGCCAGCCUCUCCCAGCCCGGAGCUGGACCCCAGGCCUGCAAGAAGGUUUCUUGCAGCAAAGCCCAUCGUUGGAGCACAUACAUUUGGGGCACAACGCGUGCCCUUGGAGUGGCUCAUCUCCGCUGGAAGAUAGAGAAUUGGCCGAGGUGGGCACCAGCCACGUCACUGUAAGAAAAGGGAAAGGCCAAUCGACUCGCUGCCACACGAGCGGCCAGGCCAGCCAACUGUCCAUUCACGUCCCUGGCUGGAGUUACGGGGCAGUAGAAACAAAAGCAUUUUCUGGAAGCAGCAAGAAGCAACCAGGAGAGAUGCAUGUGACUUUCUCUGCUCCCCCGGUGGCCCAGACGCCCGUUAAAGACUUCCUUCCCAAUGGGGCCGGUCCUGCAAGUGGAGCCUGUCAGUCUAGCAAUCUUUCUGAGCCCGCAGAGGGUGCCCAUCAGUGCUUCCUAAGACCCACAGUCCCUUUACCUGUGGUUCUCUGCUCCUUGCAAGCUCUGUCCACAUCUCCUCAGGAAGACAGUGAUGUUGGGAUAAAAAGAGAGCUUCCCGAAGGAGGUUAUAGAUGUUGUGACUUGGUUGUAAAAAUAAAGGAGUGCAAGAAGGGCGAGGACUCAAACACACUGAAGCCUGAGCCCGUGCCCCCUGAGCCAGCGCCUCCCCGGGAACCGGAGACCCCCGAUCUGCCGGAAGACUGUUCCGAGCCUCAGCAGACGCCUGCAAGCUCCUUGACUUUGCAGGAAGCGCUGGAAGUACAUAAACCUCAGUUCAUUUCACGCUCGCAAGAACGGCUGAAGAAAGUAGAACACAUGGUACAGCAGAGAAAAGCACAGCGGGACGCGAACCUGGGGCAGAAGCAGAGCCUCCUACCCGUCCGUGUCAACAAGAAGCAGUUCACUGUUCCCCAUCCGCUUAGCGAUAACUUGUUCAAACCCAAAGAAAGGUUCAUUUCAGAGAAGGAGAUGCACAUGCGAUCUAAAAGGAUCUAUAAUAACUUGCCGGAAGUUAAAAAGAAGAAAGAAGAACAGAAGAAAAGGGUGAUCCUACAGAGAAACAGGCUUCGUGCUGAAGUCUUCAAAAAGCAAUUGCUGGACCAGCUCCUCCAAAGGAACGCCGUCUAACCACAGCUUUCCCUGCAGCCCACGCUACCUGGAUCUGGAACAACUUUAAGUACUGGAUAAGCCAUUAAACUUAGCAUUAUCCUCGUUACAUGAAAACUCUUAUUUUACUUUUGAUUUUUUCAUAAAGGGCUUUCUGGACUACCAACCCAAACCAGACAGAAGCAAUAACUCCUGAGGAAGUGGGUCCACCACUCACUUUAUUGUAACUCCCUAGGUAUUGUCCCCUUCAUUUUUACCUCUAUGUUUCAUCUUUUGCAUCUGAUUUUUGCACCCUGCCAUUUCCACCAGGCUGGAAGGCCUUAUAUACUCAAGUGAGCUUAGGUCCCUGCGGGAUAUUUUCCCACCAAAUUCCUGGGACCAAAACCCAUCAAUUUUUUACUACCAAUCCCAGCUCCUGCCAUGUCUGCAAACUCCAAAUUACCAGGCAUUGUAUAGUAUGUUUAAAUCCUCUCUGGAUCUGCAUUCCUUGCAACACCAGAAGCUGCCUUUGGAAACCAGUGAGUGUGAUGGCAGGGACGGAUGGGGUAAGCUGUCUUUGUUUAUUUGCAACCUGGAGUAGUCACAGCAAGCCUCAGCUACCCCCACCCUCCACCUCCACUCGUAGCAUUCUCAUCCAUCUGGCAAAAGUCGAUUUCCCUGGAAGCUAGGAGGGCAGAAUUAACUGAAGAAGAGGGUUGUAACUUCAGUGUCUUCAGUCCUCUGCCCCCAACCACCCAAAAAACUGUUGAUAACAAUGGCCAGAUGGCUCCAACUCUGCUAUUUGUUCUUCCAAACAGUUGCAAUAUCCAUUAUUUGUUAUGUUUUAGGAGUUUAGAACAAACUAGAUUUUACAACAAAAAUGGAAAUAAAUGUGAUUAUUACAAAAA